AUGCAGGAACUGCGUACAGCGACCGACUUUGCUCUCCGAGCGACAAAGGUCAUGGCGCGGUCCCUCGGUCAGUUCCCCGUCUCCCAGGCCAGCCUCUUCGUCGACACUGUUGAGGACUUUGCCCAGCAGUUCUCUGCAGUCCAGAAGCAGACGGAGGCCAUCAAGCACAUCUUGCUCCGGCGUGAUUCUUCGAACCCCAAGCCGCCGGGAGCAAGGUCUUCGUCUGCCUGUCCCCGAGGGCGCCCCUCUGUGGUCUCAACACCUGCUCCGCCCCAGGAAACACAGAAGGAGACUCGGGGCACAAUUUCUCCUCUCAACACCUUGGAGUUGCAGGAUGCACUGCUUCCUCGCACUCCACUGACUUUUCUGCGAGACCGGGAGGAUCUGCUGCCCCUCCACGGGUAUGUCGGUAACCGCUCUGUUGAUUCCGCUUGUACAGAGGCUGGGGGCAUGGCUAGUGCUGCCCAGCCCGUCUCUCUGGCUUAUCCGGAUGGUCCGGCCCGGCUACGCGAUUCAGUUCGCCAGGCGCCCUCCCAGAAACCAGAAAAUUUGACCCACGAAGAUCUGGUGCGGAGAGCAUCAUCUCUUGUCACAGACAGUGCUAAUACUUACCUCUCACAAACUACUCUAGCACUGCUUGAUUCCUUCUCGGGUUAUAUUAAGGCUAUAAACAGUAUUGUGACGAUACACAAGCGCUAUGUGGCUUCCAUGAGCAAACUCACUUCUGCAGAGGAGGAUGCAAUCUGGCAGGUCAUUCUUAGGCAGCGUCAGGAGGUAAUUGACAGGAGAAAUGAUUGCAAACGAUUUGAAUCCUGCUGGAUGACUGCCAUCAAUCUCUCAAAGCUGGCAGCCGAGGCGGCUUUCAAUGCAGGGGCUGACCAAGCUUCUGUGACAGCACAGAACAGUCUACAGUUCACACAGUCCCAGGUGGAACAUGUUCGACAGCAGAUGCUGGAAGCUGAGAGACAGCUCAAAGACUCAAAAGCUGAGGACAGUGAGAGGCUUCAAAAUGCUCUCAGCACUGCAAUGGAGGAUGAAGACGUCCCAGAUGCAUAUCUACGAGAGGACUAGUCACAUCAAGACAGCUUUAAAGUAUCUUAAGCACUCUGAUACAACAACCUGUACUACUACUGAAGCACAGAAUUAUAUUUCUGUUUGAUUAAUAGGACAAAUGCUGUGAGAAUUUAUGUAAAUUAAGCAUAAGUAUUAAAUACAAAACUAUGAGGGCAGGAAAAAAGGAUAAAUACUUUCUAGAUCAAGGGCUUCACAUUUGUUUGUAAUUGAUAAAUGCGAUUACAAUUGAAUUAAAUAGAUUUAAAUUUAAACCAGUUUUGCAUUAUUUUAAAAACAGCUGUUUCAUUAAUCAAAAUCUCCUUUUUUACUGUGUUGACAAUGUGUUUGAGUUAUGAUUACAGACAGAUGCUACCUUUGUGAUUAAAUAAACAGU